CAUAACCCCUCCCCUCCCCAACCACAACCACAACCCUCUCCACCUCCACCUCCUUUCCUCUCUACGGCCGAACAAUCAGGUAGACCGACGCAAUGGCUCCCUCGUUCGUGACCAUUGACACCACCCCCGACUUCGACAUGGCCCCCGCGCCCUCCUUCCCAGCCAAGUCGACCGACCCCUCCAAGCGCACCCUGCUCCUCGCGCCGCCCUCCAUCGCCACCCAAGAGGAAAAGUUGCGGGACCUCUUCACCACCUUCGACCGCUCUACGACCGACCUCCAGAUGCUCGACCGGAUCUCCGCCGGCUUCGUCUCGCUCCCUUCGAACUCAUAUGACCUCAUUCUCGUCCUCACAGACACCGACGGCACGCGGCGGUCGGAGGCGCUCCACCUCCUCGGUCGCGACGUAUACACCGCCUUGGUGCCGUGCAUGAAGCCCGGGGCGAAGCUGCAGACCCAGGACAACUUUUUCGGGGAGGCGGAGGAGCGCGAGGCUGUUCUGGCGGGGCUGGUCAAGACGGAUAGCGGGUUCGAGAAGGUGGAGCAGGUCAAGGCGUUCGCGAUCCCUCUACGGCGGGGUGGAAAGAAGAACAAGGAUGCGACGGCGGCGCCCAAGACAGAAACUGUCGCCCCCGUUGCCGCGCCGCCGGUGCAGCCCGUGUCCGCGUCCGUGGGCUUGAUUAAUAAUGAUGAUGAUUAUGAUAACGAUGAUGAAUUGAUUGACGAGGACACGCUACUGUCGGACGAGGAUUUGAAGAGACCCAUACAGCCCCUAGAAUGUCAACCCAAGCCCGGUCGGCGGCGACGCGCCUGCAAGGACUGCACGUGCGGUCUGGCGGCGCGACUCGAAGCAGAGGAACAGGCCGAACGCGAGAAGGCAGAUAAGGCGCUGAACGUGCUCAAGCUGGAGACGGACGAUCUGAACGAGCUGGAUUUCACGGUGCAGGGCAAGACGGGAUCGUGCGGGAACUGCGCGCUGGGCGAUGCUUUCCGGUGUGAUGGGUGUCCGUUCAUCGGGCUCCCGGCCUUCAAGCCGGGCCAGGAGGUGCAGAUUUUGGACAACAUCGCGCAAUUGUAAGGGUCUGCUUUUUUUUUUUAUUUAUUUUCAUUGG